UUCUCUUUUGCAAAAUUUUGAAAGUAUCGUCUUCGCCGAGGGAAGGCGAUGCCCGAGGCGUCCUCCUCCUCCGCCGCCGCCUUGUCCGUGACAAUGCGGGAGUUCUCGAUCGCCAUAGCCGCGCUCUUGCUGCUCGCGUUGACAUUGAUGCUGGGAAGGGUCAAUGCGCUCGUCGUGCUCAUCACCGCCGGGAAGGAGACGCUGCCAUUCCCGGACGUGGAGGCGGCUUUCGGUCCCGGAGUUCCGGAAGGUGGUCUUUCCGGAGUUUUGCAAUUUGUUCACGAUGGUUGUGAUCCGAUGAGCAGUCCUCCAUUCUCAAACAACACUUCGUUUCUUCCAAUCGCUCUUGCUGCUCGAGGGAAGUGCUUGUUCGAAGACAAGGUGCUUCACGCGCAAAAUGCAGGGUAUGCCGCGGUCAUCGUUUACAACACUGAAGAUUUUCCUUCGCUGGUCACAAUGUCGGGAGAUCCGCAGGGAAUUCGCAUUCCCGCUGUUUUCGUCUCCAAAGCCGCUGGAGAAGCGCUACUAAGUUACUACAAUCUCAAUGGCACGACGUGCUACAUUCUUCCCAGCAUGGAAAGCUCGGCGCGAUCGCUGCUGGCCGCGACGCUGGUGCUACUUUUGAGCGGCAUGGUUACUUCGCUGCUCCUCUUUUUGAUCCGGAGAUACAGGCUUAGGACAAUCGGCUCGCGAGUUCUCUUCCUACGUGAAUCUCUCGGAAUGAACCUCCGAGAUUUGAAGCUCCUGCCGACUCUGAUCUACAGGGCAAACAGCGUCUCCAGCGAGACGUGUGCGAUUUGCUUGGAAGAUUAUAUCGCGGACGAGAAGCUGCGAGUUCUUCCUUGCCAACACGAGUUCCACGCAACUUGUGUGGAUCACUGGCUCACGACGAGACGAUCGUUUUGCCCGAUUUGCAAGCGCGAUGCUCACUCGAGAGUGAAUGAUCCGCCAGCGACGGAGAACACUCCACUGCUCGAAGUUCACCGAAGUGACAGAGCAAUUUUACCGGAGGUGGUAAUUUCUUUGAGAGGCAGUAGCCAAGUUCAUCACGUCGCCUCCGACACAGCGCUCCAGCUUUUGAUGUCCGCCGAUAGGCAAACACGAGUAGAAAAUGUGUAGAAAACUUUUUACCUUUGCCUGC